UCCUAUUCUAGUGUUUUUCUGCACUUCAAACUAUUCUUCUCCUCCCAAGGGACCGAUGGCAGAAUCCGGCGAGAACCAGACGAGCAAUGGAAACGGAGAAGAUGAAGAAGAAGAUUACAUGGGGGACCUCUCUCAGUUCCUUCCUCCGGAACCCUCCAUCCCUUCUAAAUUCUCUUCCAAAAAGGCCCCCAACAAACCGGUGGGUGUUCAACCAUCCAAGAAAUCCAAAAAGUUAAACUGGCAAGAACAGCGGAAACUUGAAAAAGAGAGAAAGCAGAAAGAAGAGGAUGAGCAAACGUUAGCGAAAAUAGAGGCCCCAAUUUCACAGUCUAACAUUGGUUUUAAGUUGUUAAAGCAAAUGGGUUAUACUCCAGGUGCAGCACUUGGCAAGGAGGGUUUAGGCCGGGUUGAGCCAGUGGGGCUGGACAUUCGGCGGUCACGAGCUGGGAUUGGGAGGGAGGAUCCACAAAAGGAGAAGAGAAAGAGAGAGGAGAUUGAGGCUGAGAAUAAAAGGAAAAAGGAGGAAGCUUUGAUGGCAGACUUCGGGUCUAGACAGAAGUCACAAUGGCGGAGCCGAAGAGUUGUUGUGAAUUUCAACAAGGCAAAGACAGCUCUUGAUCAACUAGAGAAUAAAGAGGUCGUGGUGCCAAAGAAGAAUGAGGAUGAAGAGGACGGUGAGCAAGAUGAGGAGGAAGAGGAAGAGAUAACAGAAGAGGAUUUGCUAGAUAUAUUGAUGAAACUGAGAGAUGAACAUCACUACUGCCUCUUCUGUGGAUUUCAGUAUGAAUCAGUGGACGCUCUUCGGUCCAACUGCCCUGGAUUGGAUGAAGAUGACCACUAGAGUAGAGUUUAUUGGUUUAGAUUCCAAAGACCAUGCAAUUAGCUGAACAGGGCUGAAAUCAUACCACUCGCAAUCUUGAACUGGGAUGCAUAAUUUUUUAUCUUAGUAGCGUGCAACUUUGUAACUUCUGUUCAAAUUUGUGUAGUCUUUUGAUGCACUAAGGUGAGGUGCUGCAUUCCAAACCGGUAGGUCAGCCAUCAAGGAUGAUACAGUAGAACAUGUAAACAUUCUUGAAUUCAUCUCCAUGGUUAAGGAGGGAAGAUCUUUCAUCAAACGUGUUGUAUAAGAAUUUUGUAACUAAAUAACUGGCAGGGGCACCAAUUAGCCAGCCAUAUAGAAUGCUAUUGUUAGAAAUUUGGAAAUACAUGAUUAGUUUAAUU